CAUGGACUAACACAGACUAUUGGUAUUAUUGCUAUCUUGUAAGAGACAGUUAUGAUACGGCCGCCAUUCACAGGUUAACAGGUUAUGAGCCCCGGGCUCUACUGUGUUAUCUCUCACCGACAAAGGGGCUAACUGAAGGAACUCAGGAUCGGCCAAGUAGUUAGGAGAGAUGGGAAGGUAUGAGAUUGUUCCCAAGUAUGAUGGGACAAAUUGGAGGACGUUUGCUCGGAAGUAUAUCGAUCUUCUGGCACAAGAGGAUAUCGCUGUGGAUGUGCUGAGAGAUGCUGAGUUUCCGAACGUGACAGUGUCGAAGAAGGCGCUGGGCUUUCUGCGCCGCAAUGUGAGCAGGGAUUUUGAGGAGGACGUCCAGGACUGCGAGACCGCCAAGGAGGCCUGGGACAUCCUGCAGAAGCUCUACAACGACGCCAUGAAGCUGCAGAGGCCGGAGCUAAAGAGGCGUUUCCGGCAGCUGCGAUUCUGCAGCAAGGAAGACAAGGACAUCGCCGGGUUCUUUGCCAGGGGGAAGGCACUGCGCAACCAGCUGAGGGACGCUGGAGUGGAGUUUACCGAUACGGACCUGGCCGAGCAGAUUCUGGCCGGGCUGCCGGCUGCGUUUGAGCCGAUUGUGACGACCAUCAACGCGAUGAUGGCCAAGGCGAGCGCAGAAGCUGAGGACGGCGAGGAGGAGGACUACAACUUGGAGGUCGUCAAGAAGCAGCUACAGACGCACGAGUCGAUGAUGAAGCAGUCGGCGGGCAACAUGGAGCUCGUCAACGUCGCGCGGUUUGAUCGGCCCAGAGGCCAGCCACGGACGUUCCCGGGACAGGUUCUGUUCAACGGGGUCUGCUUCCGGUGCGGGAAGAAGGGGCACAGGAAGAUCGAGUGCCGGGCUAGCAAGGAGCAGGUGCAGCAGUUUAGGCAGCAGCAGGCUCAGGCGCAGCAGGGUGUUGAGGGGCAGAUGCAGCAGCUGGCGGUGGGACAGCCGCAGGUGCUGCAGGUACCGCAGGCACAGCAGAUGCAGGUGCUGCCGGUACAGCAGGUACCGCAGGCACAGCAGAUGCAGGCGGUUCAGGCGCAGCAGCAGCAGCAGCAGGCGCAGCAGGGGAGGCAGCCGGGAAGGUUCCGUGACUACGCAGCGGUAGCGCACGAAGGGGGCUUGUUCAGCAAGUACCCGACCCUCGCUCCCUUCAUCCUCGAUUCGGGUGCCACGACCCACGUCACCAACAGCCUGGCGGACCUGCACGAUUUCCAGUGGUCGUCCGGUGGCGAGAUCAGCGGCCUGUAUGGCACUAGCGGGAAAGUAGAGGGCUCGGGAACGGUGGUGUUGGUGUCGGGGGGGGUGCGGUUCAGCAUCCACGACGUGCAGUACGUGCCGGGCGCUCAGGUGAAGGUGAUCUCGGCUCUCGUGCUGGCGGACAAGGGCUAUGAGUCGGCGGUGAAGAAAGGGGGACGGUCGGAGGUCAGCUACGACGGAGCGGUGGUGCUCACGGCGUCACGCAGGGAGGGCAGCCGACUGCACUACAUUGACGCGGAACCCCUGUCGGUACUGGACGAUGAUAUGCUGGCGGAGGCUAUGGAUACGGCGCUGCCCAUCCUCGACCCGCUGUGCCUUUGGCACAGGCGGCUUGGUCACCUGUCGUAUGGGGGCAUGGAGAAGCUGGUGCGGGAGAAUAUGGUGGAGGGGCUGGACCUUUCGCUGAAGCAGUUCGCAGCGGCAGACAAGGUGUGCGAGCCGUGCAUGCUGGGCAAGCAGCCAAGGGUUUCGUUCCAGUCCUCCAGUUCCACCACCUCCCGGCCUCUCGAGCUGAUCCACAUGGACGUGUGUGGGCCGUUUCCGGUGGAGUCGCUGAAUGGGAACAGCUACAUGGUGACGUUUUUGGAUGACUACAGUGGUUACUCGCACUUGGAGUUUGUGCGGUUUAAGUCGGAUGUGCCUGAUGUGGUGAAGAAGGUGCUUGUCAUGUUCGAGCGGCAGCUGGAUCUGAAUGUGAAGGCAGUGCGGACGGAUCGGGGGCGUGAGUACGUCAACCGGAAGCUGGGCGAGUGGUUCGAGUUCAACGGCAUCGAUCACGAGAAGACAGCGCCGUACACGCCGGAGCAGAACGGCAAGGCGGAGCGUCUGAACAGGUCGAUUUUGGAGAAGGUGCGACCGAUGCUGAUCGACGCCGGCCUGAAGUCCUCGCUCUGGGAGGAGGCAGCUACGUAUGCGUCAGACGUGAGGAACACGUCUCCGUACCGCAACCAUCCCACUACUCCGUACGAACGCCUCUCGGGCAAUAAGCCGGACGUUUCCAGCCUGCGGGUGUUUGGGGCGAAGGCGUACGUGCACGUGCCUAAGCAGCAGCGGAGCAAGCUGGAUGAUGUGGCAGUGAAGGGGGUGUUUGUGGGGCUGGAGCCAAAGGGACGGCAGUUUCGGGUGUUGGUGGGUGGAAAGAUUGUGGUGAGCAGCAGCGUUACGUUUGACGAGCGGCUGCCUCAGGCGGACUCUACCGUGGGAGGAUCGAGCAGCACUAGUGACGACAGCUGGGGUUUGCUGCUGUCUCCAGCCAAUGUCGACUAUGACGUCGGCAGUGGCAGCAGCAGUGGCGGUGGUGCCGGCAGUGGCAGCAGCAGUGGCGGUGGUGCCGGCAGUGGCAGCAGCAGUGGCGGUGGUGCCGGCAGUGGCAGUGGCAGUGGUGGUGGUGCUGGUAGCGGCGGCAGUGGAGGUAAUGCCAGCAGCGGUAGCGUGGGAGGCACCCACAGUGGCAGUGGUGGUGCUCUUGGCAACGACAGCGGGGGAGGCGCAGGCAGUGGUAGUGGCAACGGUAAUGGCAGUGGAGAUGGUGAGGAGUCGGACGACUCUGGGCGGAGUGCGGCAGCUACGGCAGAGUCUUCUGAAAGUGCCGCCAGCAGUUUCAAAAGCUUGGCUGGCGGCAAUGAGGAUGGUGGGGGUGGUGCAGGCGGCGGCGGACGUGCACGCCACCCUCCGAAGUGGAUGACGAGCGGUCAAUACGUGGUAACGGCAGUGGAGAACGCCAAGGAUCAGUUUACCGAUAAGGAGGCGCGUAGUGGACCCUAUGCAGCGGAGUUCGAGGGGGCGAAGCAGGCGGAGAUUGCGAGCCUGCACGCCAAUGGUACGUGGAGGCUGGAGAAGCCACCGGCAGGGGCUAGGGUACUGCCGGUGAGAUGGGUUCUCACGAUCAAGCGCCGGGCAGAUAACAGCAUUGAGAGGUUCAAGGCGCGGUUGGUUGUUAAGGGCUACAUGCAGCGUGAGGGUAUUGACUUCAACGAGGUCUUUGCCCCAACCGGCAAGCAGUCGACCCUACGGGCUUUGCUGGCGAAGGUGGCGGCUGAGGGCUUGCAGCUGCAUCACGUAGACAUCAAGACCGCUUUCCUAAACGGUGAGCUGGAGGAGGAGGUCUACACUGAUCAGCCGCCGGGGUUUGAGAAUGGGGACAGCAGCCUCAAGUGCCGCCUGCAGAAGUCUCUGUACGGGCUGAAGCAGGCGCCGCGGGCUUGGCACAUUAAGCUGAAGUCCGUGCUGGAGGCGCACGGUUUCCAGGAGUCGGAGGCAGAUGCGGGGUUGUACGUGCGACGAGGCAGCGGGGGAGGAGCUGAGGUGUGGCUGCUCGUGCACGUAGACGACAUGCUCAUCUCAGCAAAGCUGCUGGAGCAGGUGGAGCUGGUCAAGCAGCUGCUGGGGGAGGUGUUCGAGGUUCACGACCUGGGGGAGGCAUCGUUUUUCCUGGGCAUGGAGCUGCAGCGGGGCGGCGGGAAGCUGAGGCUAACGCAGCAGCGACAGACGUGGGAGCUGGUGAAGCGGUACGGCCUCGCACACGCCAAGACGCGGUCCGUGCCACUGGAUCCGUGCACCAAGCUGGAGCGUGCGAAGGACGGCGAGGAGCUGCUGGACAAGUCGCGCGGCUACAGCGAGGUUGUGGGCAGCCUGAUGUAUCUGGCCGUCAACACUAGGCCGGAUAUCGCACAAGCCGUGGGAGCACUGGCGCGCCACAUGGCGAAGCCGACGGAGCAGCACUGGGAGGCGGCCAUGGGCGUGCUGCGCUACCUGGCAAGUACGGCGGAUUACGGGCUGUGUUUCGGGGGCGGAAAGAUGGAGGUUGAGGGGUUUUGCGAUGCGGAUUACGCAGGGGAUGUUGACACGCGUAGGUCGACGACCGGCUAUGUGUUCACGCUUAACGGCGCGGCCAUUAGCUGGUCGAGCAAGCUGCAGCCAACGGUGGCGGUCUCCACCCUGGAGGCCGAGUACAUGGCUGCGGCGCAGGCCACGAAGGAGGCGUUGUGGCUGCGCAAGUUGAUGGGCGAUCUGGGGAUGGAGAAGAAGUGCAUGCAGAUCUGGGGCGACAACCAGGGGGCGCUGAGCCAGAUUAAGCACCCCAUAGUGUCGGAGCGGUCGAAGCACAUUGACGUGCAGUAUCACUUCGUGCGGGAGCGGGUGCGGUACCAGGAGGUGAAGUUCGAUUACUGCUCGACGGAGAGCAUGCUGGCGGAUGCGUUCACGAAGCCGCUGGCCAAGGUCAAGUUCGAGCAGUGCCGGAAGGGCAUGGGAGUGAGCAAGAGGCCGCAGGUCUAAGGGGUUGUCUGCGGAGAAGACUGCAGUGUACUGAGGGUUUGUUAAGUGGAAGGAACUGCAGCGUUAUGAGGAAGUUAUCAGUGUUCCUUUGGGUUUGAGGAAGAGUUGGGAGUUUUCGUUAUCAGUGGAACCUUUUUGGGUUAGGAGUUUGCUUUGCUUUUGGUUCCAUAGUUUGUUGUGGGUUAAGUGAGCUAAGGACAACAACAGUGAGUUAUCCGCGUGGGAGUGUUGUAGAGUGGUUAGCCUCUCCGGUUAACUCGCUGUGGGAUUGCCAGUUGUACGGCAAGGGCAAGCCUCGCAUGGCUAUGUGGCUGCGUGAGACAGCCCAAUGGCUAAUGGCUUACAUGGACUAACACAGACUAUUGGUAUUAUUGCUAUCUUGUAAGAGACAGUUAUGAUACGGCCGCCAUUCACAGGUUAACAGUAAUAAGCUUGUUCAUUACAACAUUAGUUUGCAACUGCGAGCACAGACUCGCCUUACUUGUGGUUUGGCGGGAACAUUUAUGUUAAGCGAUUUGCAUGCGACUUGGAAUUCCGAAGCAAACAAGCAAUGUUUAAGAAGCUCCGUAUAAAGGCUGGGCUGAAAUGUGGAUGUAUGCGUCUUUCAGGCUGCCUUGUAAGGAAAAGCGGUGGCGGACCCUAGCAUGAUAACCGUGGUGGUGCGGGUUGCAAUUACCGUUGGGGUUAGCUAGCAGCAGCCGGGAUCCGUCAUGGCAAAGGUAAGUGGGGUGAUGAGGGGGAAGGUCUUUCCACUUCUAGUGGCUGGAGGCACACUACCACCGCACAAGUAACCACCGUGGGCGCGUGAGUAGGUCGGGGGGGAGACCCUUCCCCCAAGAGAGCAAAAGGGUUACGGCUAGCAGAAGCGCUGCGCUACACUUUAGGGUACGGGCACGUCGUGAAUUGGGCCCUUCCAUUAGGCUGCUGUACUACCGCUGGUCAAGGCACGAAAAUCUAGCAGCCCCUUUUCGAAAACGGUUUUCGAAAAAAUAGGCCCUUGGGAGGCCCCGGAUCGUACACGAAAAAUUUCAGGGGUCGAACGUGAGGGCUGUCGAAAAGAUUGGGCCUAAAACGUCACUUAUCGUGGGGUUCCACGAUCGCCCUGGAGGGAAGAUAGAAACACUGCUUUGGGACGAACAUUCUUUAUGUGAUCCAUUCUAGUAGUAUCUAAUUCAUGUGCUGUAUAUAUAGUGACAAGCCGUGUCCGGUGUGCACUGCGGCGCUCAUGGCAGCUAGCUAGCGGGGCCGCUAGGGGGCGGUUGCCUGCAUGCUGCUGGUUUCUCACGCUGCCGGAGGGGGCAGAGUUAGUGGCAGUAGGUUGGCACUUACGACUGCAGCUAGCAUGCAUCUAGAAGUUGUACUGCACUGGUUAGCGACGUCCCUGUUGUGUUAAGUGUACCUACGUAUAGCCGCGUAUAGCGGGAUGCAAAUACGCCAUGAGUGGAAGAGGGAUGUACUUUGCGGAUGUAGGGGUGAAUGAUUCAGGUCACACAUAGGAUGGGAGGCAAACGUUUGCCUAGCAGACCCGUGGGUCAUGAAAGGUGAAGCCGGUCUGGGUUGUGUUCGGUACGAUGUUGGCGUACUGGUUGGUCUGUGUGAGAUUACGCGGUUGGCUGGCGUAGCACACUUCUUCGAUGGCAAGUUUGUGCCAGUUUCCGGUAUAGUGGCCAGUUUUGUUCAUGUGUCGGUGGGCAUGCACGGUCCAGUGUAGAGGCAUGGUAUGCGGGUGAUGAGGACGUGGGCUCAUGCUUGGCAAGGUUUAGAGUAGUUUUGUUGCGUGGAAUGUCACAACUGGCGAGUGAGUGAUUGGGGGAGGACUUGAGGAGUACAUGGCGUGGUGGCCUCUGGCCUUCAUGCUAACACAUGCACAUAUGCUCUUAACGUUAGCCCUUCGUGUGUAUGUUAGCGUGGCUGAAUAGAGAUGCUGGAAAUUACAAAAAGUGCGCAACCCACUCGCGUGCUGUAGUCAAUAUGCUUCAUGUGUACAGAGCCAGGUUUGUGCAGUUCGGUGCAGGUAGCAGGGUGCCGCCGGAUACUAGGCAGAAACACUGUGGGGCGGCCGAGACCGUGUAAGGGGCGGCAAAGUAGGGAGCCACUAGGAGGAUAGAUGCGUGACAGAUAGUCGUACGGGGGUUGUGAGCAGCUAUGAGUGGUACGGCAUUGGUUGGUUAGCAUCCUUAACUAUUUGGUACGCCUAGCGGUGUCCAGGGGUGCUACGCUUUUUAUUUUUAGGGGAGUCCACCCUUUGUGGACAUUAGGCUAUGUACCGGUAUGGUUUUUUCACUUCACCGCAGGAUAGGAGGAGCCUGGGGGUCCCGAACGAUGAAGACGGUCUUGGUCUGGUGGAUUGCUGCCGGGAAGUAGGUGGGCAUGCAUUGCAGACGAGGAUGAAAGCAGUGAGUCCGCAA